CACACACACACACACACACACACACACACACAUGCGCACACAUGCGCACACAUGCGCACACACAGAGCAUAUCACAGACACAUAUAUACAUAAAUAGUUAUACACACAUAAACACAGUAAGAGAAGAUAGAAGUGGGCAGAAGAUGGAGAGGUUUAAAAGUGCAUCGAGUAAUUCUUUGACGGAUUACGCAAUUUUGAUAUACCCAAUCUACUUAUCAUCAUUAAAAUUAAUUUUAAAAAUUAUUUACAAUGACUAUCUGACUCGACAAACGUUGUUUUGCCUGCCGGGUUUAUCUUUUUAUUAUCGGGAUAAAAAUUGUUAUAUCCGUCUCAAGUGGAAGAUAAUUAACAAGAUUAUACUGACAUUAUUAUAAUAUUUCAAAAAAAUAUAAUCAAAUCAACUCUCAGUUUCAGCGUUUCCUUGAAAAAAGAAAUCAUUGCAUCAUUGUAAAUUUUUGAUAUUUUUCUAUUUUCUUGUUUCACAUUAAGGUAAUAAGUAUGAUCACUAAGAUACAUGGACGAAUAAAUAUUUAUUUAAGAGUUUUAAUAAGAAAGCAGCUUUUAUAUUUUUUACUGCAUUUGUUAGUGGGCAAAUGUAAAAGUAUAUUAAGUCAUGCGGCUUGUGAAGCCUUGUACAAAUCACAACUAGGUAGUUAGCUAAGUAGUGGCGCGUGUGACGUGCACCCUGAUAGUAUUAUCAUAGAUUGUUUACGGCUGUUUGCCUACCUCACAGCGCUACUUCACGAUGAUACAUGCCUACUUCACAACACUCCGCCCAAGUAUGGAACGCUAGAAGGUUUUCUUUUUAAUGGAUGAUAAUGGAACGGUAGCCCCGCCUGCGCUAUUGGUAUACGCUGGCGGGGCACCAGUGAGGAUGAAACAGGUUAAUUAGCCCAUCGUGUCAAAUUCAACAAUUAACCAAUUACAAUGGUUUCCAAGAGGAACCGCGAGGAGGUCGACCUGAUAGUUCUAAGGUUUAUUGCUAGAAAUGGGGUUGCUAAUCCCCAUUACUAACAAUCUUUUCCCCCCACGCUGGAAGGUUGACGUCACUGUUAGGUACAGCGUGCGCGUCAUGUCUACCUCGAGAUACGUAGGCACCUACUAAUUGGAGCGAAUGCGCGCGUAGGUGCAUUCUUGUGUAACAACAAUAAAAAGUCGCCUGUUUACGAAAAUAUGUGUUUUCCAAAAAUAUGAGCAAGAGGAUUGCCCAAGUAUCACGAACUAUCUCAAGCGAGAAUAACACGAGAUGGCGCAAAGGAGACAAUACAUUGCCGCCGUAUGUGAUCACAAUAGACAAUGUUAUUGAACACAACUGGAUAUCUAAAACACAUUAUUUAAAGUAACAAUGGGAUUUUCUGAAUCGUAUAUUAUUUAAUAAACACGUAGGCCAGUCACCGGCAUUCACUAAGAUUAUGUUUAUUUUUACUAAUUGAUGUACCUAUUUAUCUACGCACAACUCGUGCAAACCUCGCGUUGUGAUUAAUUUUAAUAUUAUUUACUAUGCCAGCAUCAGCUGUGCUGUAAACGGCGUGCAAGUUCAUCGGCCCGCACCUUACGUUUUGUGAGGCGCUACCACUUUGUUGCUUAAUAAAGUCACUCCCAUGCAUUAACGUAUCGCGACUAGUGGUUAUACUUAGUCGUCACAAAGUUGCGUUAUUAUUAUUGUUAACGGAGGAUCGGUAACACACUUUCACUUUCAACAUCGGAAUCUCCGAACCCAAGCGUGGACCAGUUGAGCUCAGGCGGGCAGCCUCGCAAGCCGACUCCUCGGUAUACCCAAUACAAUCUGCAAAAUGAAAACCAUCACCCUUAUUCUUCUGUUGUACUGCGGCGCUGUACUCGUAGCGAGCGAGCAAGCGGCCACUAAAGAUCUGGAUUUGGACGACAACGACGAACUCGGGCGCGGGCGUCGCAAGCGCAAGAGACCGCAGCAGAACGGAGGAUGCGGCUACGGGAGGACGUUCGGGGAGAAGUUCUUCGGACUCCAUGACUACACCUACGUGUCCGCGCCAGUCAUGAACUACUUUUUCGGAUGCGGAGUAGCGGCGCUGCCGGUCGCCGCGCCCAUCGCUCCCGUGGCCCCCAUUGCACCGGUGCAGCCGUUGCCCAUAUAUCCCAUACAAGUCAGCCAGAGUCAGAGCCAAAGCCAACUCGGCCAUGGUGGACAUGGUGGCUUCGGUCCCGGCAACUUCGGUGGAUAUAACCAGGGCUUUCCGCAGCGACCGAUUUAUAAUCAACGCCCAUACCCGCCUGUGAACCGGCCCUUCCAGGGCGCGGUGUCGGCUGCGGCAUCAGGCUUGGGGACCGCGCUGGCCGACUACAUUACUCGUCCGCAGACGCAGAAACAAAUCAACAGACAAAUAAAUCAGUUCCUUAGGCCGCUAACCAAGCUGUUUUGAGCUGCAGAAUCAUCGUGUUGUGUAGUGUAGUGAUUAUAAAGUGUUUAUUGAUAGAUAAAAGACAUGUCUGAAAUAUCGUCGUCUUUGUAGUCAUUAAUUCUCCGCUGCUGAACUUGAUUUGAAUUUACUUUUGGGAAAAAUAUGGUAAGUUACGAGUAGAUGUAGAUGUAUGUCGGCAAGGGUCGAUUAAAUUAUAAUAUCGGUUGGGUAUCAAAUUCAGUGUUAAUUAACAUUUAUAAAGAUAAGCCUCAAAAAAAAAAAAACUAUCAUGACAAAUACUCCGCUUCACCUUGAAGGCGUGAUGUAAAUUAUGAACUCGUUUUUACAAACCAAACCGCGUUACGUUGACAUUGUAUAAUUAUUAUACAAUAUAAACAAAAUACGGAAUUGUGGUGCCGCUCUACUGUAAAAAAAUAUACCUGUAUAUUUUUUAUAAUUAAAAAAGUAUAUGCGGAGAUAUAAUCAGACGCGUGCAGUGUACAAGGAUAUUAGUAUAUAUUGUAUUGUAAGUAGCCCUAGCUAAUUAUCAUUAAAUAAUCAUUAUUAAAGUUAAAAUAUAAUGUUACGAUAAAUUUCUUGUUUCAUUGACUAUUUGCAUUUCGGCCACUACAGACAAUGACGUCCUGUUUAGGUAUUGCAAUUUACGAAAAUUAAGCGUCGCUACUAAACUUCUUGCCCUGUAACUAAAGCUAUUUAUUAUUUAUUCCCAUAUUGGACCCAUUCGAAAAUACUAUUAUAAUUGUGUUAUUUUUAUUUAUAAUUAUCUAUUUUCAACAUAAAUUUUAUAUAGAAACUCUAUUUGUAGAAUUAUUGACCAAAUGUUGGCAUGCAAAAUACAUGUAGUUGCGUCAUUUAUUUUAAUAUAUACAUAUAUGUAUAUAUUAAAAUAUCCUUUUAUAUCCGUUAACGCAAUAUAACCCGGUUAGUACCUACUCGCUUAGCGCCAUUACAUAAUCUUACCCUUUUUGGUAUUUAUCUAUUUCAUAAUGACAUUGAAUAGCUUUUCGAAAUUGGUUUGAAAUGAACAUCGCAUAAUAGGUUCCUCUUGGGACUUGGUAUGGUUAAUUUUUGAUAUUUCAUAUUAUUGAUUAUUGUUUUAUUUUUUACCUAAUUGAGAAACACAUUUAUGGCCUCCGCUUUAGUUUUAUUAGAUAUUAUAAAUAAAUGAACAUUUUAUGUGUAACGUAGGUGGUAUAACAUGCAGUAGCAUAUAGGAGUUUUAUAUUCGAUAAAAAGCAAAAGCGAAUUGAUAUAAUGAGCCUCCCACGAGUAAGAAAUCUGAAGCCACUCAGCAACUCUUUCGAGCAAAUUGAUGAAGUAAUAUUACUUAUAAUAGGUGUAUAGAUUUCUGCUUGCGAUAAAUGUUGGCUAACGAUUAAUACAUGGCUUAUUGUUGUGGAGUCGCAACACUUGUUUUUUCUCACAGCCACUUGUCAGUUGGUCCGUGUGACAGGCAACAAUAUACCUGAAUAGGUACCAGUAUAAUUGUAAUGUUUUGUGUUGUACGGAGCGAAUACCACAUAUUUUUAUGGAUAGAUUUAUGUACUUCCAUGCGUCAAGAGUCUUCUUUAGAAAUGUGUCCGAUUCUAUGUAGAAUAAGGUCAUACGAGUAUGCGACUCCGGUCUCCCGAGCCGCUGCAGUGUCCCCCCCUUUUCUUUUCCACAUAAGUCCCUUAUUCCUCUCAUUUACCAAUUUCCUUUACGCAUUUCCAUCGUUCCCUUCCUUUUUUCAUAAUCUUUUUCUCCAUACCAUAGGUGGAGGAUACCACCAACAAAUGCAUUCCCAAAGAUGGUUGAUGUCAAGCAGGCGACCGGUCGUAAAACUAAAAGCCAAAUCUUUUUGUAAUGUGGAUAAAACCAUAUUACGCCGACCUCAAAUAAUAGUUGGGAUAAGGGUAGGAAGAUGAUGAUUUAUUUACUUCCAUUAAUGAGUUUACAUCUUAUAUAUAAAAUUCUCGUGUCACGGUGUUUGUUACCAAACUCUUUCGAAACGGCUUUACCGAUAUUUAUGAAAUUUUGUGUGCAUAUUGGGCAGGUCUGAGAAUCGGCCAACAUCUAUUUUUCAUACCCGUCAAUGGUAAGGGUGACCCACCCCAAAAUAUUUUUUUUAUUUUUUUGACAAAUUUUUUUAUUUUUAUUUUAUUAUAAUUUAGCAUUGAAAAAUACAUACAACAUAAAAUUUUCAUCGUUUUACGAUCAACCCCUGUAUUUUAAUUGCAAUUUUUAUAUUUCGCAAUAAGUGGUAAAACAACGUUUACGGAGUCAGCUAGUUUUUCAAUAUAAUUUUUAUUUAGCGUCAAUAAAUAUCUGUUACUGUCACUUUAAUAUCAACUUCCAAGAGUUAAAAUCAAUUCAGCUAUUAGGUAUUUACUAACAGUCAGAAGUCUAGAUGCGAUAAGAUACAAAACUGUUGUCAUAAUGAACCUAAUGAUUACUAGCUAUAUCCCGCGAUUUUACCCGCAUAAGUACAUGAAGUAUCCUAUCUUAUAGUAUUUUAUAUGUGACUUUUAUAUUUAUGAACCGAUCGAAUCAAAACACUAAAUGUUAAGUGGAGCAAACCGCAUUCAAAUCAGUUGAGCUGUUUCUGAUAUUUGUCGUGCACAAACGUACAAGACAUACAUACUUACAGACAAAAAUUUUAAAAAUAAUUGUUUUUAGUUCUAUUGUGUUCAUAAAGCCCCCCUUUAAUAGUUUUUGCUAUAUGUACGUAUAUUUUCCAGGUACAGACAGUGACCAGUUACGAUUAUAUUGUAUGUAUUGAUAGGAAAAAUAAAUGUCAUGAAAUAACGGAAAUAAAUAUUUUAUUAGGUAAAGCUAGACCGGUGUUAGUAAUGCAAACUAUCAGCCCCAUUGCUAGCAAUCUACCUUGCCAGGUCCACCUCCACGUGGUCCCCCCUAGAAACUGUCGUGCUGAAUUCCAGGUGUAUUUAUCAUGAUAGGCUAACUGGCCUGCCUUUUCAUUCUCACCUAUCAUCACUUACUGGUCCCCCACCAGCGUAUACCGUUAGCACAGGCGGGGUUACCAUUCCAUUAUCAUCCAUUAAAAAAACAUGACUAAAGACACGUUGAAGAUACUUAAUUAAAAAAUUUACUAGGAACGAAUUUAUGUUUUCUUUUGACAAGUAAGUCAAUUCUUAGUUUAGUUUAGUUUGAACACAUUAUAUACAAAAUAUAGUAAUGUUAACAAGGUAUGCGGUAAUCACUAUCAUAAUUGUGACAAGAACUGUUACUGAGCAAAAUUUCUAGUGUAUUAUUUUUUGUUAACAUAAAUAUAUUAAAAGAAAUCAUCAUCUGAUGACUCAGGUGUUAUUCCUCUGUACCCAGUAAAUUCACGCUAUAUCCCACCCUUCAAACCGUAACACAGCCAUGCAAACACAACUGCUUCACGGUUGAAACACGAAUGGGACAGAGGUACCCAAACAAUCGACUUUUGUACAAAGUCUCCCUCUGGUAAAGUAAGUAUUUACUGGCAUACAAACGAGUUGAAAUAGUUUGCAAUAUAUGAAAACCAGAUAGUAGUAUGGUAUAUUUUAUAGUACUAAACACCAAACUUCUUUAAACGUCGGCCAUUUUGUCACUUUGCACUGUACUUAUAUGGGUCAACUUGAGUCAUUUCUCAUUCAGCCCAGGGAAGUGCCAUUAAUCAGUUCCUACCGAAAUGUGACAUUUGCAUGAUAUUCUGAAAGUAGCUAAAUGGGAUCGAGUUUCUUUUUUAUGGUUUAAGGUACAGUAUUUAAGGCAUCCCGUCCUCGCUAUUGGAUACGGGUAACGGAACGCCUAUACAAGAAGGUACAUGGUGUAUUCACAUGUAAUUUAGGCGCAAUAUUUGAGGAGCAUGAAGAAGGUAAAUGAACGGCCGGAUAUUGCAACAAAUGAGUAUUUGAUCGGCCUCCGAAUUGGCGACCUCGGCCGUCUACCGGUCUCCAAUUCAAGGGACGACAUAUAAGACCACCGAUAUCUACCCUAUUUAAUGUAAAUAAAUUUAAUAUUAUUAUUAAAUACUACAGGUGCCUUUAGCAGGCUCAGCUAGUAACAACAACAAAUUGAAGCUACCGUGGUGGAAGUUAGGAAAACUUAUUUAAAAAAAAUUACAUUAUAUGAUAUUUA